GAGGCCCCAAAGAACAACACCUAGCAAAAAGGACACAAAGAAGUCUCGAGAAUGACAUGGACUAGAUUAUAUGAAUCAAAUUACAACCUCAAACCAAACCUAAAGCCCUUUCUGUUCUCAAUUCUCAUCUUCUUCAAUGUCUAGUUCUUGUGCUGUAAAAUCAUCAUCGUACGAGAAAUACGAAAUCAGAAAGAGAAACCCAAAUCCAAAAUCAUGUGCUCUCCUAGUCAUCGACAUGCAGAACUACUUCUCCACCAUCGCCACCCCAAUCCUCCCAAACCUCAACACCACCAUCGACCUCUGUCGUCGCGCCUCCAUCCCCGUCAUCUUCACGCGCCACCGCCACACCUCCGCCACCGACCACCCCAUGCUAACUGAGUGGUGGUUCGGGGACUUCAUCCUUGACGGCACCGAAGAGGCCGAGCUCAUGGGGUCGCUCCACCGUGAGACCGAGAAGGAUGCGGUGGUGGGGAAGAGAACCUACAGCGCGUUCGCCGGAACCAGGCUGGAAGAGAUGCUGGUGGGUAUGGGAGUGGAGGAGGUUAUAGUGACGGGUGUGAUGACCAACCUCUGCUGCGAGACGACGGCGCGUGACGCAUUUGGCAGGGGGUUCAGGGUGUUCUUCUCAACCGAUGCCACCGCUACUGAUGAUGAGGAUCUUCAUGAGGCCACUUUGAAGAACAUGGCUCACGGUUUUGCUUACUUGAUUGAUUGUCACAGGCUGAAGCAAGCACUUAAUUUCUCCUAAAUAAAAAUGAAAUUAAGUAAAUCCGUGUGUAUAUAUAUAUAUAUCUCUUUAUCAUAGAGAAUAUUCACAUUGUUAUAAAACUAAUGUUAGAGAUCUCAUAACUAGUGGAUUAAUGUGAUAUGUGUUUGAUUACUCACUUGAAGAUCUACUUCGACUUGUACAAUGUGGAUGAUAUAUGUGAUUGAUAAAAUAAAUACAUAAGUAGUUUGUA